AAUACAGUCCAAGUUUUUGACACAUUGAUUUUUGAAUUUUCAGACAUUCCCCAUGUUUCCCAAUUUUCAAGAAAAUUCUUGAAGCUAUUUGCUUUCAGUUUAUUUUACCUUGGAAAAAGUCAGGUUCUAUAUUUUCUUUUUGGGAAAAUUAAUAAAAUUGAACUAGUUAUGGUAAAUUCUAGAAGGUUAUUUUGUCGACCAGAAAUGGUCUAUUAUUAGUUCGCAACGUUGGAAUUGACGAUCAAAAGUACGUUUUUGCGAGAAAAUUUUUAGUUUUCUUUAACAAAAGCACGUUAUUAUAGUGGAAAUUUAACUUAUUAUGCCUGGAGACGAAAAUUUACUGCAAUGCUACAACAGAGGUUGUGGCCAGAAGUAUAGUCCUGACAAUAAUAAAGAAGACUCCUGCGUCCAUCACCCAGGCCUCCCAGUCUUCCAUGACGCCUACAAAGGAUGGUCGUGCUGCAACAAGAAAUGCACAGAUUUCACCGAGUUCCUUAACAUUAAAGGCUGUACCGUAUCACUGCAUUCUAAUAUUAAACCACCCGAGCCUGAAAAACCUAAACAAGAUGUUCCUGAUGUCAAGGUUGUACAAGUGAAACCUAUAGUGCCUACUGUGUUAAAGAGGCCCCCUUUUGAUACACCUUUAGUAGAUAUAACUCCAGAAAUAGCACCGUCCCUUCAACAACAGCUAGAAAAAAUUGAGCAAGUGUCCGAUGUUAGUGCAAAGAAAGAUACUGAAAUUGCAAUAGGAACAAAUUGUAAAAACGGUGGCUGUACUGUUUCAUACUCGGCAGAUUCAGCUCUGAAUGACUCUCUUUGUUUACAUCACCCCGGAGUGCCUAUUUUUCACGAGGGUCUGAAAUUCUGGUCGUGUUGUCAAAGGAAAACCACAGACUUUAACGCUUUUUUAAAUCAAGAGGGAUGUAAAGAGGGUUCUCAUGUUUGGAAGAAAGAAGAUAAUGAUCAAAAUAAAGUUCAAUGUAGGUGGGAUUACCAUCAAACAGGUCCUUAUAUGGUUGUUUCAAUAUAUGCAAAAGAAUAUAGUCCGAGCAAGAGUGUUAUAAAAUUGAACCCUAUUCGUUUAUAUGUAAAUCUAAUAUUUCCGAAACAGAACAAUGUGAAUUUUGAGCUUGAUGUCGAAUUGAGAGGUAUUAUAAAUGUGGCUGAGAGUAAAAUAACUAUGUAUGGUACAAAGGUGGAAGUAAAGUUAAAAAAAGCUGAAGCAGGUAGUUGGGCUAAGUUGGAAUCCAGAAUUAUAAAGAAGUCCGAGUCAAAACCACUGCCAAAAAAAGUAACAACGCCAGAAAGCUUAACGCCCAAAAUCGAUGCAGUUGAUCUAAGCGAUUUAUAGAAUUUUAUUUUCAUUAACGAAAUAUAGUAGUAAUCAAUUUUGCUAUAUUUUUUCACAGAAUCAACUUAGUUUUAACUUAUUAGCUACUGGCUGUUAUUGUAUAAGUUGUAUACAAGUUAUUCUAGAUUAAAGAAAUAAAAUUUUGUAAAAGUU